GUGCAUAGCUUUAUUGCCACAGUCUGGUUUGAGAGAAACACAGAACGGGCGAGUCAGACGACGUUCGUCUAUUGUUCGUCUAAGCCUCAGACCAACACACCAGGAUUCGUAGCAGGCAAACACACCCAUACAAAGCAAAUGAGCGUGUGCAAAUGACAACGCUCAUUGACAACAAACAUAAACACAUGUAUGUGGCACACGACACAGACGUGAGACACGAACCACAAUAGACACAGCAUUCAAAUCCAGCAUAGCACUUACACUUGACGCCAGCUGAACGUCCUAUGUGAGGACAUUCACGGCCUUCCACCUCUCUCUGGCUCCUUCUUAAGCCUUGUCGGCGAAGCUCAACGGGGGCCGAGGGGCCGGCAGCAAAGAGACUUCGGUGGAGUCCUCCCAAUCGUCCCACUCCGUGCGACGCUGCUGGUCACGCACACCAAUCUGCACACCACACACCAUACCACACACACACACACACACGAUUCAUGAAUGGAUGCACGAAUGUAUGCAAUCUCACUUCUCCUUUACCGCCUCUCUGAAGGCCUGACGCAGGCCGUCCACCGUCAGCUCUGACGGCCUGCGGACACACACACACACACACACACUUGGUGCAGCCAUGCUCGCCGUGUGUCUCCGUGCAUGUGUCGCCCCAUUCCUUCGUUGAUUGAUCGCCUCAUGUACCUGAAGGGCUUGAUGAUCUGGUAGGUGCCCGACUGGCGCCCCACGUUGUUGCCCUCCUUUCGGGCAUCCUGCAAGAAAACCAGUGAGUGCCCGGUACACGCCCAGCGCAGGCACUCCUGGAGGCGCGCGCAGUACCUGGAGCAUCUGUGUGACUUGGUGGCUGGGCAUUUGAGCAGGGUCGAUGGUGCCCACAACCAGAUGGUAAUACCUGCGGAUGAAUGCGCAAACACCCACCCCACGCACGCGCGCACGCAUGGCUUUGUGUGCACAUGGAUGUCUCUCUGUUGGCUGUGCCUGUGUGUGUGUACCAUACCCGCGGGGAUGCCAGUGCACCCCACGACGCAUAGCACCCGGCUUCUCGCCUUGAUCGUCCUCCUGAUAGAUGGAUAGAUGGAUGGAUGGAUGGACUGGGUCACACAGGUGUGUGCGAGCGGUGGGUCUGUCUAUCUGUUUUUUCUGCAUGUCGGUGAGUGCACAUGGCCUACGCGUUCCUUGGUCUGGCGCUUGCGCUUGCGCUUGCGCUGCGGGUCGGCCAUUUGCUGUAACACAAGCACACAGACACAGGCACAGACACAAACAAACACAAAGGCGUGGGCACGUGUGUGGGUGUAGGGGUCGGUGGCUGAUUGAGCCACGUGAUGUGUGUACGCACCUCCAGCCGCCUCCUGUCUAUGUCGCGCUGCUCGUCCAGCAGGGACUUGGCGAACUGACACAACGCAUAAUUGCACAUGGCGUGUGCAUGGGAUUGUGUGUGUGAGCAACGGACGGACCUGGUAGAGUUUUUCGCCUCUGAGGAUCCUUCGUGACGUCAGGGCAGAAAUGCCUUCACCUGCAGCCACGCAUUGCCAAGAAUACACACCCUUGGGGCCGCUGUUGUGUGCGUGUCCGUGUGUGUGCACCAUACCAGCAUCAGGGCGCGGCAGAAUGCGACGGCUGUUGGGAGAGUCACCAGUCUCCAUGGCUGCUUCCUCCCUCUCCUGGUGCUCCUGGUCCUCCAUCUCGACGACAUCCCGCUUUCUCUUCUUCCCCUGUCCGGCUGCUGCCGCUGGUGCUGGUACGCGUGAGGCUGUCUGUGUGCUCUGUGUGCGAGUGAAUGUUGGUGCGGUGAAGGGGCCGGUCGAGGGAUGGGCAUUGUGUCUGCUGAAAGUGGGGAGGCGAUAGUCGGCUGCAGAGUCCAGACAGAGACAUGAUAAGGAAAGCACAGAUUGUGCUAGCCUUUGGGCAGCCUUCUAAUGAUCCCUCCCCGUAUCAUGCAAACUGACCGUGUCUCAUGCCGUUCUUCCACUGCCCCUGGCCCACCAGCUUGCCCUCGUUGCCGUAGCGCCAGAAUGUGCCACUUACAAAGCUGCCGGCCUGCCAUUCGCCCUCGAACUUCUUGCCGCCCGUCUCGUGGUCGUACUCGAUGCCGUAGCCAUGACGUUGGCCGUCCGCCCACUCUCCCUGGUACCUGCGGGCACAGCAGAGAGAGAUGAAGACAUGUGUGUCGGCGGCGGCAGGAUGGUGUGAUCUCGCUGCUCACCAGACAGUGCAUCCGUCCCCGUAGAACACUGUGCCCUGACCCUCUUUCUUGCCCUUGGACCAUCCCCCCUCGUAAGCCUUGUGGUGCGCAAGAGUGAGGCCUCUCAGAGCUGAAUGGUGGUCGCGAUAGUCGCCUGCAGACCCACAUGUGGAGCGCACAGACACAGAUGGGCCGUUUGCUUGUGUAUGUUCGUGCUAUAUACGUGAGAGACGGCAGCGGUCGUCAUCUGGAGACACACACAUGAAAGCACAGAAUGGUAUGUGUCAGACUGUGUCUCGGUCCCCCUCUCAUGUAUCUGUGUGUCUCUACGAAGCAACUCACUGUAUUCAAUGCCUUGUCCAUGCUUCAGUCCGUCGAGAAAGCCUCCCUGGUAUUUGACCUUGCCCUGUAUCCAAAACACCGGCAUCUGAAGUGUUGAUGGCCCCACUGUUCCCUGAGCCUCACUCACGUUAUAGAAGUGUUCGAUGACCUCUUCACUCUCGUCGAUUUGGUCGUCCUUCCAGUGGCACUUCAAAUGAGGCUUGCCGUUGGGGUAAUAGGUGGUGCCGGGGCCGUUGCGCAUUCCCUUGCUCCACUCGCCCUCGAACUUCUUGCAGCUUGUCCUUCCAUCGUACUCGACCCCAUGGCCAUGACGCUCGCCGUCCAUCCACCUUCCCUCAUACCUGCAUGAAAAGAUACGGGUGAGACGGGAACCUGCAUUGCUUGUGAACAAGAUGUCAGGUACUUUGCCUGAUUGCCCACCAGGGAGUGCAUCCGUCCUCGUAGAACAGUGUUCCCGAGCCCUCCCUCUUGUCCCUGGCCCAGCACCCCACGUAGACCUUCGGAGGGGCAACAGUGCGGCCGCUUGGAGCUGAAUGGUGGUCGCGAUAAUGGCCUGCAGACCCACAUGUGGAGCGCACAGACACAGAUGGGCCGUUUGCUUGUGUAUCUGUUCGUGCCAUAGACACGUGCACCAUACUUCUCUGGUAUUCGGUGCCGUAUCCACAUCUGAGUCCGAAAAGCAUCUGGCCCUCAUACCUGACGCUGCCCUGCAUGUGAAUGGCACAAAGACAGACAGGACGGUAUGGAGACGCUCUUUUUCACGUUUCUCAGUAUAAUGCUCUUCAUUCGCCCAUGUGGACUCACUCACGUUGUCGUAGUAUUCAAUGACCUCCUUGCUGUCAUCGAUCUGGUCGUCCUUCCAGUGGCACUCGAAGUGAGGGUUGCCGUUCGGAAAAUAGGCGGUCCCUUCCCCAUUGCGCCUUCCAUGGUUCCACUGGCCAUCGUACUCUUUCUUGUUGAUUAGGUCUCCAGCUCCUCCAUAAUAUUUGAUGCCAUCGCCAUGAAACAAGCCCCCACGCCACUCUGAAGGCCAGAAAUGGGCGUCCAAGCAGUGUAUAGGUUUGUUUUCUAUCGUUGCUGGCUCCCUCACCUCCUUCGUAUCGUUUGGCGUUGAGGGAGACGUGUCGAUUGGAAGAGCUGGUUAUACGCAGAACGCCCCAGCCCUCAGGCACCUGUGUCCACAUAGGCAAGAUGGACCUCCUGGCGAUGGAUGAGUUUCAUCCAGCCCCUUUGGUCCAUGCUCACCCCGUUUCGUAUCAUGCCCUCGUACUUGCCCCCCCUCAAACGAUCGUUUCGCCUGUCAAAGACGCCAUGAUGAGCGCGGGCGAGGUCAACCUCACACAUAGCCCCCACGAUCUUUAGGCGGUUCUCUUUCAUCAUCUCUUCGAGGAGACAGUCGUGAAGCGGCCCGUUCUCAACAGUCUGUGUCAUGUCGGUUGUCGUGUCGCUGCUGGUGGGGAGCACCAUGGCCUGGUGAUGCGUGUGCAUCGGAGUGUGAGUUCCCGGCUGCAUGGCCGCUCGUCAAACGACGUGAAGGCCAGGGAGUGGUUCAACAAAGCUUGGGGCGGAGUCCGUAUCCAAGGACCGUUGAAUGGCGUCACCACAGGAAGAUAAGUCACUGUUUUGCACUGUUUCGGGAGAGACUUGGGCUUUUAGGCAAGGAAACGUUUCGCGCCCAUCUAAGCUCGCCCGAAUGAAAGCAAAGCAGAGUGCCGCAGGUGGUUCUGUGAAGCAGAAUCGAUGCAAACGGAUGCACUGAGUAAUCCCUGUCUCACAGCUUCCUGAAUUACCCACACACUCCUGAGAACGGACCGCUCCUCUCCACCCUUGUACAGAAGUCGGUCCUGAUCAGGCG